GUAUAAACCUUCAUAGAAUUUUUAAUAUUGUAAUAGCUAUAGACCAUAAUGGCUGGCUUGCAAGAUGCUGCAAAGCGAAUGCUCAAAAAUGCAAAGCCUGUGGGUGGAGGUCUUGGAUUUAUACUUGGAGGAGCAGCCGUUGUAUAUGGAAUUAAGGAAUCCAUUUACACAGUGGAAGGAGGACACAGAAGUGUAAUAUUCAGCAGAAUUGGAGGCGUACAAGACAGAAUAUAUGCUGAAGGACUUCAUUUUCGAAUUCCAUGGUUCCAAUACCCAAUUAUUUACAACAUCCGAUCUAGACCAACAAGAAUCCAAUCACCUACAGGAAGCAAAGAUUUACAAAUGGUCAAUAUAGGACUUCGUGUUUUGACCAGACCAAAUGCUUCAAAACUGCCUUUAAUCACACAGACGAUCGGUGUGGAUUUUGAUGAAAAGGUUUUACCUUCAAUUACUAAUGAAGUUUUGAAAAGUGUCACAGCAAAAUUUAAUGCUUCUCAACUUAUAACACAGAGAGCGCAGGUAUCUCUAUUGAUUAAACGUGAAUUAACUGAACGUGCCAAAGAUUUUCAUCUAGUUUUGGAUGAUGUUGCGAUAACAGAUAUAACAUUCAGUAGAGAAUAUGCAGCUGCCAUUGAAGCAAAACAAGUUGCUCAACAAGAAGCUCAACGGGCUCAAUUCAUUGUUGAGAAAGCCAAACAGGAACGCCAACAAAAAGUUGUGCAAGCAGAAGGAGAAGCUACUAUUGCUAAGAUGAUAGGAGAAGCUAUCAGUCAGAAUCCUGCAUACUUGAAGUUAAGAAGAAUUCGAGCUGCUCAAGCUAUCGCAAAAACGAUAUCACAAUCUCAAAAUAAAGUUUAUCUGGAUGCGAAUAGUUUAUUGUUGAACCUGAAAGCUACGGAUCUUGAAAAAGAUUUGAAACGCUGAGAAUAUGAAAUCUAAUCACCUUCAUGAUAAAGCUUUGAGAUGAAUGUCGGAUGACCUAUUACAUUAAAUCAACCAAUUGUAAUAACCUGGUUUAGCAGUGCUGAUUAUGAAUAAAUUUGUACAUUAUGACGUUA